GCAGUUGCUGCGGGUUUUAAAGGAGUUGGUGGAUUUCGGCUGGUUUUAAACAAGCUCCAAAGAGUGGUUUGAUUUAUAUAUAAUUCUUCUGUACUGCGUAGAAAUUCUGAAAGGAUAAAAAGAUACAGGUGGCUCAGCUGAUUGAUUGAGCGAGUCCAACCUGCGGCGUGUGGGACCCGGUGCUGUGCGGGGGCGGCCGGCGGAGGAGCUCUGCCUCCUGCGAGGAUGCGCGCUUCGUCACUGGUGUAUCCCAGAGCUGACGUGGAGGACAUGGGUGGAAAUAAUGAAACAAGUGUGCCACAACUCUUGAUCAGAGACCUGAAAUUUGAGAAGAAGUCAUUAGCUAAGCUCAUGUUUUCUCCUGAUCAAGAAAAUCAUCCAUCAAAAGCACCAGUAAAAUAUGGUGAAUUGAUUGUAUUAGGGUACAAUGGGUCUCUCCCAAACGGAGAUAGAGGAAGAAGAAAAAGUAGGUUUGCUUUAUUUAAAAGGCCCAAGGCAAAUGGGGUGAAACCCAGCACUGUGCAUAUUGCCUGUACCCCUCAAGCAGCAAAGGCAAUAAGUAAUAAGGACCAACACAGCAUAUCAUACACUUUGUCCCGGGCCCAGACAGUGGUAGUUGAAUAUACACAUGACAGCAACACAGAUAUGUUCCAGAUUGGUCGGUCAACGGAGAGUCCUAUUGACUUUGUAGUGACAGAUACAGUUCCUGGAAGUCAGAGCAAUUCGGAUACGCAAUCUGUGCAGAGCACUAUCUCACGGUUUGCCUGCAGAAUCAUAUGCGAGCGCAACCCCCCUUUCACAGCAAGAAUAUACGCUGCGGGGUUUGACUCCUCAAAAAACAUCUUUCUUGGGGAGAAAGCUGCCAAGUGGAAGACGUCGGAUGGGCAAAUGGAUGGACUGACCACAAACGGGGUUCUAGUCAUGCAUCCCCGGAAUGGAUUUACAGAAGACUCCAAGCCAGGGGUGUGGAGGGAGAUAUCCGUGUGUGGGAACGUGUUCAGCCUCCGGGAGACCAGAUCAGCUCAGCAGAGGGGAAAGAUGGUGGAGAACGAAACGAACCAGCUGCAGGAUGGCUCCCUGAUAGACCUGUGUGGGGCCACGCUGCUGUGGCGCACGGCCGAAGGGCUCUCCCGGACCCCCACCGUCAAGCACCUGGAGGCCCUCAGGCAGGAGAUCAACGCGGCCAGGCCCCAGUGCCCGGUGGGCUUCAACACCUUGGCCUUUCCCAGCAUGAAGAGGAAAGAUGUGGUAGACGAGAAGCAGCCCUGGGUUUAUCUGAACUGCGGCCACGUCCACGGCUACCACAACUGGGGGAACAAAGAGGAGAGGGACGGCAAGGAUCGGGAGUGCCCCAUGUGCCGCUCCGUCGGCCCCUACGUGCCGCUGUGGCUGGGCUGCGAAGCGGGUUUUUACGUGGACGCGGGACCUCCCACUCACGCCUUCAGCCCCUGCGGACACGUGUGCUCUGAAAAGACAACGGCCUAUUGGUCCCAAAUCCCUCUCCCCCACGGUACUCACACUUUCCACGCAGCCUGUCCCUUCUGCGCCCAUCAGCUGGCUGGUGAGCAGGGCUACAUCAGACUCAUUUUCCAGGGACCUCUGGACUAACAGCCGUGUUUCCGAGGACUGCAGGAAACUCAUAAGCUAAGCAAUCCCCAUUUUUUUUCAACCCUUUUUUUCGUAUUCUCUGGGCUUUGCUGGUUUGCAUUAAGAUGAAGAAUUUUUGGGGGUUGUUCUUUUUGUUACAACGAAAGUCUGGAAGAAACGGGGAGGGAGGGGGGAAGAAGAGGGGAAACCCCUGCUUUUUUUGUUUUUUUUUCCUCUUUUUAGUUAAUAACUACUUCUGAAGAGGUGAAGGAAGUGUUGAGGUGAACUUCGAUGCCUUCCGUUCAGCGGUUUUGAAUCACAUGCCCACAGUGUUUGAAAGUUGUUUCAUUCUUUUUGUAUAUGGAGGGUAAAUAGUUCAAAGAAACAUUAGUUUACAGCUUGGAUGCAAACGUUGUAAAAUAUAACGUGUAUAUUAACUCUUUUCUAUUUAUCUUUAUUAUUGAAAAUCUGUAGAAUGUUUAGAGAGUAGCAUGGUCAUAGUGUGUUACAUCCAGCCAUCGGAUGUGUAGAGUAGUUCUGGAUGGAGAAGGAUGUGAGAUGGAAACAGUAGAAAAAAAAAAUCUUUUUUAAUUUAAAAUACUGAGUUCUUAGAAUAGUUCAAAUGCUUUUUAAACAAAGCUAAUGCAAAUUCUGAUGGCAUAAAGGUGUGCUUUAACCACGUUGGAAGGUAGCUAGGAAGGACUUUUUAAAAAGUCUUUUUCGUAGGACUGUGCUUAAGAUCUGGUUAUGAGGAGAAUAUUUACCAGACUCUUCGAAUAUGCAACUUAGUCUAGAUUAAGGAUAUUUUUUAUUUUUCCUCCCUUCAUGCUAACACCUCUCUUUAUUUAGCAUUAGUGACGUUUGUGAGGGUUUUCCCAGUGUUAAACAUUUAACAGACCUGAAAGAGGAGGCUCGUUUUGUUCCUUAUGGUUUUUGGGGAGAGGGGGUGGGUUUUUGGGGA